UGCGGUGAGCGCCGACUCAUCGCCCCUCAGCGUUACCGUUGGUGGGGAGAGCUGGGCGGGGGCCGCCCCCAUGAACACCUAGGGGCGGGGCCGGGCUCCCAUGGAGCGAGGUGAUGCUUCACCAACCAAAACAACAACAAUCCCCAGCAGCCCCCGCGCCACCGCCGUCGCCAACACCGAGCGGAGCCUGACGGGGGAGCGAGGAGCCGCUGCCGCCAUGAAGCUCCGGGUCCGGAUGCAUAAGCGGACGGCCCCGCUCGAGAUGCAGGGGGCGGAGCCAACGCUGGGGGAGCUGCGCGCGCACCUGUGCCAGGCCCUGCUGCCCACUUGGGGCUACAGUUCUGAUACCCAGUUUGCAAUAACAUUGAACAACAAAGAUGCCCUCACUGGAGACCAUGAGACCUUGGCUUCAUAUGGGAUAGUUUCUGGAGAUAUGAUAUGUUUGUUACUGGACGAGACCAAUACAGCACCCAUAUUACCCCCAUCCUUAUCUUCACCUCCUCCUCCCCCACUCCAGAAUAAUCACAAACUGUCCACCUUGACCACCAGCCACAGUCAGGCCAACAGUCCAGAAAAAGAAAGGCAGAAUGGGCCAUGUGAAGACCAUAAAGCUCAGACUGAUGCUCAGAAGAGUGAUGAUAUGGCAGGAUCCAGCUUAGAGUUUGCUUCUGGGCUAGUCCCAGAUGCCGUUGAUCUGGAGGAGGGUACAGGUUCUUAUCCUUCUGAGCCAAUGCUGUGCAGUGAAGCUGUGGAUGGGGAAGUGCCACACUCCUUGGAGACCCUCUACCAUUCUGCUGAAUGUACCAGUGCCAACGAUGCCUUGAUAGUUCUGGUACAUCUUCUCAUGAUGGAGACAGGUUAUGUACCACAGGGGACUGAAGCAAAGGCAGUAUCUAUGCCUGAGAAAUGGAGAAGUGGAGGCGUUUAUAAACUGCAGUACACUCAUCCCCUCUGUGAAGAUGGCUCUGCUGCUCUGACCUGUGUGCCUUUGGGAGAUCUUAUUGUCAUUAAUGCAACAUUAAAAAUCAACAACGAGAUUAAAAGUGUGAAGAGACUGCAGCUGUUGCCAACAUCCUUCACUUGCUUUCAGGAAUCAGAAGAAAAUGUUGGAGGGGUAUACAAAGAUCUUCAGAAACUAUCCCGUCUCUUUAAAGACCAGCUGGUGUACCCUCUUCUGGCUGCUGCCCGACAAGCUCUGAAUCUGCCAGAUGUGUUUGGCUUGGUAGUCCUUCCUCUAGAACUGAAGCUACGGAUUUUCCGACUUCUGGACAUCCGCUCACUCCUCUCUCUGUCUGCUGUCUGCCGGGACCUCUACACAGCUUCCAAUGACCAGCUUUUAUGGAGAUUUAUGUACCUGCGGGACUUCCGAGAUCAAACUUCUAGGCCUCGUGACACAGACUGGAAAGAGCUGUACAAGAAGAAACUAAAGCAGAAGAAGGAAAACCUGAGAUGGAGACACAUGAUGUUCCUGCCCCCACCUCCUCAUCCCAUUCCAUUUCAUCCCAGCCCAUUCUAUCCAAACCCCUUCCCUCCCAACCCAUUCUCUCCUAACUCCAUCUACCCCCCAAUGAUCAUUGGUGGAGAAUAUGAUGAGAGACCAACUCUUCCAUAUGUUGGAGACCCAAUUAACUCGCUCAUUCCUGGCCCAGGGGAGGCACCAGGCCAGUUUCCUCCAUUCAGACCACAUUAUGAUCCGAUUGGUUCUCUGCCAGGGCCAAAUCCAACGCUGCCAGGGCGAGCUGGUCCCAAUGACAGAUUUCCCACCAGACCCAGCCGAGGCCGCCCAAUUGACAUCCGCCGUUCAUUCAUCUGACUGCCACCUCUUCCUUUAAUGGGUUUCUAAAUUUUAAUUCCUGAGCUUGCUUUCUAACUGCAGGAGAUCACAUCAGGGCACUAACAUCAGCCUUCCCUUCUGAUUAUGGUGAGAAUUUAUGGGCACGAGGGUAUCUUGACCACAAGGUAUGGAUUCACUUAAGCUCUGUGGAAGUGAUAAUGCUGCACCACCUAGAAUUCAGUGCUAUUUCCAAAGGAGCUCUGACUUGAAAGUUUGUGCUACUGUUUUUCCCCCUCUCUAAUCAUCUGUGAAGUGCUACUUAGAGAGCAGAAGGUUGUUGGCCUGAUAUUUGCUGCAUCAGAUAAAGAGCACUUUAAGCACAAA